GGAGGCGGGGCCACGGAGAGCAGGCGUGUUGGCAACAGGUUGCUCUGGUAGCGAAGAGGGUAUGCAAAAAUACGCGCUCUCUUUUCUGGUGAACUAAACGUCUCAUCCUGCCAACGAGACGGAGGAAGGUCUUUCUGCUUAGGACUUGGAUCAUCUGCGAGGUGAGCUCUGCACCAAACGAGAAGUGGACAUGAGCACUCUCUCUACGGACAGGAAGCCGCUUGUGGACUACGGCGUCCAGAUCCGCUUCAUAAAGGACCUCCAAGACACGGGCGGCGCCUCGCCGGACAAGUCCAGAGGAAACAACAACAACCAUACGGCCACCGCUCAUCCAGGAAGCAAAUAUGGGGUGGCCGUCCGUGUUCAGGGGAUCUCCGGACAGCCGUACGUGGUCCUGAAUAACAGCGCCAAAGGGGAUUCUUACGGCGUUCAGCUGAACACGCCGACUGCCAGCGCGGCACCCCAGUCACCGUACAAGAGCGCCCCCAAAAGUAAUGAAGCCGAAGAAGUCGUGAACGCCUCACACUCCCCUGUUUCUCCAACUGAGGACGAGGAGGUCUACCGGAGCCCCCUUCGAAGACCCCCAGGGGACGGCCAAGCCGGAGGUCAAGGCGAGGACGAGGGCAGGACUGUCAAAGAGGGGAGGUCCAAAGCUGAACCCCAAGUCAAAGCGGCUGCGAGUGAAGUACAGACAAAACAGGAAAGUACAAGUAAAGAAGAGUACAAUGAAGCCGGUUUAAAACCAGUCAAGGUGAACGGUGCUGGUCCCAGAGGGUUUAAACAGAACGGUUUCAUUGGUACCCAGCAGGGUGCAGACUCUGCUGCGCAGUCCAUCUCCAGACCCUCGGCGUCCACGGACGAGAAGCCAAUCGACACCAACUCUCUGGCUCCUAUCAACAAGCUUAUCCGCAAGUUUAACAACAAGACGCCCGGUAGCGGCCCCCAGGCGAGGGGGCGCACCGGCGCCAGACACCAUCUACGCUUGGACGAACGCAAGCGCUCCAGAAGCCUGGACGCGAGAAAGGAGAAUCCCCUUCCCUCGCCUCCGUCACCGACUUUCAACCCGUACGCUUCCACCUCAUCUAACUUGUCAUCCAGAGCUGGUUUGGGACGGGACGCCGCACCGGUUGUCAACAAGGCCGCAGCUCCAGAGUCCCUGAAGCAGAGUUUGACGUCAUCAGGGAUGACCUCGAAGGAGGCCGCCCCCGUCAUUGCCAGAAAACCUGAGAUACCACCGAGGAGUUUAUCCCAAAAGGCCAACACUGGGGACGAGGCUCAAGUAAAGCAAGCGAUUUACAGCAUUCUCAAAGUGGGCACCACCGAAAGUGACUCAUCCCUCAAAAGGAAGACCGACCUUGUCUACGAGACCACCAGCAAUUUAAAGAGGGCAGGACCUGAUGGAAAGCAGAUACAAUUGACCCUGGCGGAGCUCGAGGAGCAACUCGGUCAAUGCAAGAACCAACUGCAGCGCGCCCAUGAAGAGCAGGCCGAGGAGCGCAUCACCAGGGAGAUGUGCGAAUCCCGCAUGCGUCUACAAGAGGAUCAGCUGGCCGAGCUUCAGGAGGAGCUGAGGAGGGUUUCCGAAAGGGCGCCACCCUCAGACUCACUGAGGACGGACUUGGUGACCCUGCAGGCCGACCUGGCCGAGGCGGCCAUGUUGCGCCAUCACCAGGAUGAGAUUUUGCGGCAACGGGACCGCGAGCUGACAGCCCUGAAGGGGGCGCUGAAGGAGGAGGUGGAGUGUCACGACCGGGAGAUGGACACCCUGAGGGAGCAGUACAGCGUGGACAUGCACAACCUGAGAAAGACGAUGGAGCAGGUGACACAGUCGCAGGAGGAGAUCGAGGAAGAGCGGGAGCGGGUCAACGCCUCCUUGCUCACUUUGGAGGAGGAGCUGGACAGCUGCAGAGACCAAGGCGAGCAGUGGAAGUCCCAGCUGGAGACCACCUCACAGGAGCUGCACCUUACCAAAGACAAGAAGGCGACGCACUCCGGCAGUCAUAUGCUGCUCCAAUGUCACCAAGAGAAGGAGGAGCUUGAGAGCAAUCUAAAGGAAGUCCAGGAGUCGCUGUUAGCCGUGCACAAGCAGCAGAUGCCUGCAUCGUCAGUAGAGGAACUUCAGCGUUGCCACGACGACCUGCACCGGGCCCGGCUGGAUGCAGACCAACACAAGGACGCCCUCGACAAGAAGAGCGAGGCCCUUGACGCCGUGAGGAAAGCCAGCGGCGAGCGCGAGGCGGAGCUCCUGUCUGAAAUUGGCAAGUUGAAGGAGCAAAAGGCCGAGCUGGAAAAGACCCUCGAUAAGGCAAAAGAGGCACCACUUUCUGCAGGAAGGACUGCAGUGGACCACAGCAGCAACGUGGAGCUCCAGGAGGCGAACUCUCGCCUCAGAGAGAGGCUCGCCCGCAUGAGGCAGCACUCUAGCAUGACCAGAAGCCCCGAGGCUGAGGAGGCCAUAGAGGCCCUGGAGGACGAGAACCGUGCCCUCAAGUCCCAGCUCGAGGAGGUCAAGCGCAGCGCCUCCCGCCUGGGCAAGGAGAAGGACGAGAUGAGUCGGCGGCUGGAGGAGAGGGACCUGGAGAGGGAGGCGCUGCGGCGGGGCAAGACUGAGCUGGAGGAGCAGAAGAGGCUCCUCGACCGAGCUCUGGAGAAGAUCACCAAAGAGAUGGAGACGAUGAUGGGGGAGUCCCGCCAGUCGGUGGUGGUGUUGCAGACGCAACUGGAUGACUACAGGGAGCGCUCCAGGAAGGAUUUGUUGGAGGCGCAACGCAACAACAAGGACAAGCUGGCUGAGCUGCAGAGGGCCCAGAGCAACUGCAAGACCCAACAGGAAGAGGUGUCCCGUCUCAAGAAGGAGCUCCUGACGUGCAGCGAGGAGCGAGACAGCGCCCAGCUGGAGAGAGACCUUCUCAACAACCGCCUCAAACACUUGGAGGGCGAGCUGGAGUCAGAGAAGGGCAGCCAGACGGAUCGCACCCGUGAGAUCAGGGGGCUGGAGGAUAAAAUAAAGACACUGGAGAUAGAGUUGGAUGAGGAGAAGAGCAGCGUGGAGCUUUUGAAUGAUCGCAUCACCCGUAGCAGAGAUCAGGUGGACCAGCUUCGCUCCGAGCUGAUGCAAGAGCGCUCUGCCCGACAUGACCUGGAGAUGGACAAAAGUGCGAUUGACAGACAGGUGAAGGAGCUUAGGUCCCGCUUGGCUGACAUGGAGGGACAAACUCGGCCAACGGCCGGCAUUGCCAUCUUGGAAAGCAAAAUUCUGGAGUUGGAGGAGAGGCUGCGCAGUGAAGAAAGAGAGAAGAGCGGCAUCCAGGCCUCUCACAGGCGAACCGAGAGGAAACUGAAGGAGUUGAACGCCACGCUAGACCAGGAGAGGAGCCAGCAUGUCGAACAGAAGGAUCAGCUGACCCUGCGGGUGAAGGCCUUGAAACGGCAGGUGGACGAGAGUGAAGGCGAGGUGGAGCGUCUGGAGGGAGUGCGCAGAAAGGUCCUCAGGGAGCUGGAGGAGCAGCAGGAGCUUCAGGAGGCCAUGCAGGCCAAAGUCUCAGCGCUGGAGUCCGAAUUAAAGAGGUGGAGAGAGUCAGCUCCUUCAAGUUCCUCGGCACCCUCAUAUCUGCUGACCUGUCCUGGACCCAAAAUACAACUGUGGUCAUCCGGAAGACCCAGCGGGGACUUCAUUUCCUGAGGGUGCUAAGGAAGAACAGACUGGAGAGGCAACUGAUGGUGACCUUCUAUCGCUCGGCUGUUGAGAGCCUGCUGACGUACUGCAUAACAGUGUGGUACGCCAGCUGCACUGAAGCAGACAAACAGGCAAUUCAGAGGGUCAUAAAGUCUGCACAAAAAAUCAUUGGCUGCCCCCUGCCCUCUCUGAAGGAUUUACAUAACUCCCGUUGCCUCAAGAAAGCAAAAACCAUCACCAAAGACAGCACACACCCUGGCUUCCACCUGUUUGACCUGCUACUAUCGGGCAGGCGCUACAGGUGCAUCAGAGCCAGAACAAACAGGCUCAGAGACAGCUUUUAUCCCCAGAGCUGUCACCAUGUUGAACUCUAACUUAUACUACUAAUAAUUCACCCCUGUACAAUAUUCUGCCCUAAUACCCUACUGUGCAAUACUACACUUCCAGUGCAAUACGUCCGACACUGAUUGUUUUUUAUUACUUCUGUACGCUUGUCUUGUUCUGUAUAUUGUACAGUAUUUUGUAUUUCUACAGUGUUUUGUUUAUUGUACAGGAUUGCUGGUUAUUUUUAUUGGAUAGUAGUCUGUUUAUUUCAAUUGUUAGUUUUUCCUUUAUUACCUCUUGUGUUAUUUAUUUUAUCCCAUAUUAGUUCCCACAACCGCACCUUAAGUUGGAGUCUUUAAUCUUGUUAUAUGCAAAUAUAAUGACAAUAUGGUCCAUUCUUUUCUAUUCUAUUCUAUUCUAUAUUGGCCCCCAAAUCAUUUAACAAGUACAGGAAUAGCUAGCCUAGCUUGAGUGGAAGUCUGCUGGAGUAGUCUACAGUCUUACAGUAACAAGCAAUUACACCUCUAUUAAACUUAAAUACCGUAGAUCAAAGAUAUUUACCCCAGUAAUAUCAUUAAAACUUACCUGACUGGAUGAAGUCCUUGCGCUCAAAUAUUAGUGUGGCCUCAAUAGCCCUGCUGUGGUGUGUAGCAUGCUGGGAAUUAUCUGUGCAUGUAAUGGAGGAAUGCACAAUUCUACUGAAUUUCCAUUAGAUCAGGUUGUUUUAGCCAAUAAUCAUGCUGCAAGAUCUAGAAUAUUGCAUUCAAUGUUUAUUCUCAUUAAUUCACGUUAAUUCCGAUAAAUUCCCAUGUAAAGUUUCCAACUUAAAUAUUCCCGGAAUUUUGCAACCCUACAUAUGAUUUUAUUGACCUGCAAAAGGCUUUCGAUACCAUUGACCACCAGAUUUUGGUAAAUAAACAGGAAAAACUACGGCAUAAGGGGAUUGGCAGGGAAAUGGCUGGAGAGCUACUUGAAUGAGAGACAGCAGAUUGUUCAGAUGGACCAACAUCAAUCUACACUCAUGAACAUAACCUGUGGAGUCCCCCAGGGGUCGAUACUGGGACCCACACUAUUUAUUAUAUAUAUCAACGAAAUAUGUCAAGUAUCAACUCUGCUGAUGAUACAACCAUUACAUGUGCAGGUGACGACGUGAAGCAACUUCUGGCCUCUGUAACUGAGGAGAUGAUAAAGUUAAAAACUUGAUUUAAUACAAACAAAUUGUCUCUGAAUUUAAAGAAGACCAAAAUAAUGCUCUUUAGCAAUUGCAAAAGUAAUAUACCGAUGAGGAUUGUUAUUGAUGAUACACCAGUAGAAUAUGUUCAACAAAAUUCUUUCUUAGGAGUAGUAAUAGAUGAAAAUAUCUCAUGGAAGCCUCAUAUAAGUUACCUGAGGACAAAAGUUGCUAAAUGGUCUCUGCUGUUAUUGUUUCAUUCAUUUAUUAUGUCAUAUUUAAACUAUUGUGUUGAAGUCCGGGGAAAUUGUUAUAAAUCACAUCUACAGCCUUUAGUCACUCUGCAGAAAAAGGCCAUCAGGAUUGGGUCCAAAGUUCACUACAGAUAUCAUUCAAAUCCACUAUUUAUGGACUUUAAGCAACUUAAACUGAACGAUGUGAUCAACUUUAAAACUGCUCAAAUUAUGUUUAGGGCAUCCCAAAACUCUCUACCAUCCAAUAUACAGAACCUAUUCCAUGAUAGAGAUGAUCACCAUAAUUACAGUUUAAGAGGAAACAACAAAUUUAAAUUUGCCUAAAAUUAGAACCACUUUAAUAUCAAUCUGCAUUUCAGUGCGUGGAGUCACUCUGUGGAACAACUUAGGGCAGGGGUCGGGAACCUUUUUGGCUGAGAGAGCCAUUAAAGCCAAAUAUUUUAAAAUGUAUUUUCGUGAGAGCCAUAUAAUAUUUUUUAACACUGAAUACAACAAAAAAUCGAGCAUUUUUAAGUAAGACCAACAAUUUUAAAGUAUAAUAAGUCUCUUAUUCUUUUUAAUAAGAUUUUUCUUCUGAAGUUAACCAACAAUAAUUAAAAUACUUCUUACCAUUAAUGCGACUUCAUGAACAGGUAUGGUAGAAAACGUUUGGAUGGCUUAAAAUGCAUGAGAAUGUUUUUUAUUUUGAAUGUUAUUUUUAACACUGAUUAUUUUAUAAUAGUUUUGUCUAUAUUGUCACACAACUUUUAUGCUUAAGGGCCGUUGCUAUAAUUAUUGUCAAUUGUGCUGAAGUGGUAUUUUUCUUUGUCUGUGCAAAGCUGGGAAUCCAAAAGCUUGCCUGCCAGUCUGGUAUUAGUGUCUAUGUCCAGGAACGGCCUGCUAACUGCCAAUGCCGAACACCGCCGUGACGUAGACAGAGCAGAGAGACAAGGCGAUAUCACCAGCGUCAACACAUUUGCAUUUUUGUAUAACCAUAUAUUGUAUCUAACUAGAGUUGUCGAGAUUACCCCUUUCCCUCAGCGACAGCUUCAGGCUGUUUAAUAAAUGUCAUCAGUGUUUGAACCUGACAGACUACCAGCGGAUAUAUUCAUUUCUUAUCGUGUUAAUCAAUGUCAGCUAAGAUUCAUCUGAGAGCCAGAUGCAGUCAUCAAAAGAGCCACGUUUGACUCGAGAGCCAUAGGUUCCCUACCCCUGACUUAGGGGAUAAGUUAAAAACGUGUUCUAGCAUGAUUCAAUUCAAAACACUGUUUAAAAAAGAAGUACUGAAGAAAUACGAGGUGGAAAGAGAGUGAUGCCCUCAGCACAGAGCGAUGGGAGAGUGGUGUAUGGUCAGAGAGUGUUUGGGGUGUGUGUGUGUGUGUGUGUGUGUGUGUGUGCGUGUGUGUGUGUGUGUGUGUGUAUAGAGUAUUGUUCUUGUAUUAUAUUGUUUAUGUUAAAUGUGGAAUGAGUGAGAGGUGUUGGGAUAUUAUUAGCAUCUGCUUCAUCCAACCCCUUUUCAAGCCUUGCAUAAAUAUCUCUGCCAAAAUGUAAAAAAAAAGUGUUUAGUUGUACUGUGCAGGUUUGAAAUGAAUAUUUCAAUUCAAUUCAAUUCAAUUCAACUUUUAAUCAGAUUAAUCACACUUUUGAAUUUGGAUUGAUAAUGAUUAAUCACAGUUGCUACAAAAAUAUCGCUAAACUUAUCUGUGGUACCUUUGUUGACCACAUUGCCGCUGGGUGAACUCCACCAGCGUUUUUUGUUGUCUGUCUACUAUAGCAUAGAUCAGGGGUCACCAACCUUUAUGAAACCGAGAGCUACUUCUUGGGUACUGCUUAAUGAGAAGGGCUACCAGUUUGAUACACACUUAAAUAAAUUGCCAGAAAAAGCCAAUUUGCUCAAUUUACCUUUAAUGAAUAUAUAAAUGGGUAUUUCUGUCUGUCAUUCCGUCGUACAUUUUUUUCCUUUUAUUGAAGGUUUUUUGUAGAGAAUAAAUGAUGAAAAAAAACCACUUAAUUGAACGGUUUAAAAGAGGACAAAACACAAAAAAAAUGAAAAUUAAAUUUUGAAACAUAGCUUAUCUUCAAUUUCAACUCUUUAAAAUUCAAAAUUCAACCAAAAAAAAAUGAAGAGAAAAACUAGCUAAGUCGAAUCUUUUUGAAAAAAUUAA